UAUAGUGUUCCAAGUUCCGACACUUAUUCUUAUUUCUUUUCUUUUUUUCUCAUGAAUUAGAAAUUAGAUUUUACUCUCUCGUCUCCCGAACCCCUCCCUACUUGAGGAACCUCUCUCACUCUCUCAACAGUCAAAGAAGGCAAUCCAAUGGCAGAUGGUAAUCACAGUGAGCCUCCUACAGUUCUGGUACUUCGCCGAUCCCCAACCAUUGCUCUCUUGGAACCCAUAGUCUCCCAAAAAUUCAACUUACUGAAAGCCUGGGACUCUCCUCUCCCUCAAGACCAGUUCUUGACCACCCACGCCCGCUCCGUCCAGGCCCUCCUCUCCUCCGUCGGUGGGCUGCCCAUCACCGCCCAAAUCCUCCACUUGCUCCCUUCCCUCAAAUUCAUAGCCACCACCAGCGCCGGCAUUGACCACGUUGACUCGGCCGAGUGUCGACGCCGCGGCGUUGCUGUCGCCAACGCCGCUAAAGCCUUUGCUGAGGACGCUGCUGACAUGGCUGUGGGGCUGUUCAUUGAUGUCAUGAGAAAGAUGUCGGCUUCGGAUCGGUAUGUUGGGGACGGGCUCUGGGCUACCAGAGGAAACUAUCCUCUUGGUUCUAAGAUUGGAGGAAAGAAGGUUGGUAUUGUUGGAUUGGGGAACAUUGGUUUAGAAGUUGCAAAAAGAUUGGAGGCAUUUGGCUGCAGUGUCUUGUACAAUUCAAGGAGCGAAAAGCUAUCUUUGUCAUACCAAUUUUAUUCCAAUGUGUGUGAGCUUGCAACAGCCAGUGAUGCUCUCAUCAUCUGUUGUGCAUUGACAGAGCAAACCCACCACAUGAUCAACAGGGAAGUUUUGUCCGCGUUGGGAAGAGAGGGGGUUAUCAUUAAUGUAGGGCGCGGAGCUAUUAUCGAUGAGAAAGAAAUGGUUGAGUAUUUGGUGCGAGGAGAGAUCGGAGGUGCUGGCCUGGAUGUGUUUGAGAAUGAGCCUGAUGUUCCUAAAGAGCUCUAUGCAUUGGAUAAUGUUGUACUGUCACCGCAUCAAGCUGUCGCUACACAUGAAGCUAUCGUGGCUUUGGGUGAAGUAGUAACAGGGAAUUUGGAAGCAUUCUUCUCAAACAAACCGUUGCUUUCUCCGGCUGUGAUUAAUUGAAUGGAGUUCUGUUUGCAGGUUAGUAUCUUCAUACUUUUCUAAGCAUAUUGCUAUUUGAGUAGCUGCAAAUUGGAGGUUCUGCUACAUUUGUUGUAAUUUUUCUUCUAGAAAGUUUGCAGCACUUUCUUUUGAAUAAAUGCAGGGUACCAAAUUGAUACAAUUAAUAAGGCAAUGAGGGAAGACAGUGCUGAAGAACUGCAGUUGUAUUGUUACUGGUAUUAUCUUUUGGUUGUGGUACGUCAGUGUGAAUAAUUUGCCAAUGAUGAUAAUUGUUGAACUUUUGCUCUGGUUUUCAAGAGGCUUCCAUCCCUUGCGGAAUCAGUAUGUCUUAGUCUCUCAUCCGAAAACAUAUGUAGCUUUGUAUAUAUUGAUGUAUCAGUCAGCUUGAAUGUUGCGGAUGAUCUAAUCGAUGCUUGUUUUCUAUGC